AUGAUUUGCAUAAAUUGUUUGUUGUGCGGAAUUUAUUGGGAUUUCCGGGUAGCAAUUGUUGUCUUCACCAAAACCUAUGCUCAAUCUGCUUGGUGUCUUCAUCAACUGCAAGAAAUCAUUCGAUGGCACCAAUCUUAUUCCCGACAUGUUCUACCUAUAUAUUACGAAGUUGAUCCAUCUGAUGUACGUCUUCAGAAGGGUGAUUUUGGAAAAGCCUUCAAAGCAACUGCACACCAAACAUUCUCGGCUCAACAACUGGAGCAUGGUAUGUCCCGGUGGAGCCAAGCACUCACCAAAGCUGCAAAUUUCUUUGGAUGGGAUGAGAGAAAUCACAGGAGUGAUGCUGAACUAGUGGACAAAAUUGUUAAGAGUCUUCUUAAUUUACCAGUCUUGUCUGCUACUAAAUUUCCUGUUGGACUACAUUCCCGCGCGGAAGAUGUGAUUCGAAUUAUCAAAAGCAAUUCCAAAGAAGUUUGUAUAUUAGGGAUAUGCGGAAAAGAAGAAUCUGGUAAAACCACUCUUGCCAAAGCCAUUUACAAUCAAAUUCAUGGCACAUUCACAGAGAAAAGUUUCAUUGAAGGACAAGUUGGCGGAACAAGAGAGUAUCUUCGUUUACGAAAACAACUUUUUUUAGAGAUCCUAAAAACAAAAAUGGAGAUACCUAGCGUUGAUAUUGGAAGAACUAUGAUUAGGGAAAGGCUUUCUGGAAAAAGGAUGCUCAUUGUACUUGACAAUGCUACUUACUUAAUAUUCUUAGACCUGUGGUAUUGCCGUAAAAGUUUCGAUGAAGGAACUGUCAUAAUCCUUACAACAAGAUAUGAAAGCCUGAUGAAAGAUAAAGUUAAUUGUUUCUAUCGGGUAGAGCUAAUGAAGGCAGAGGAGUCCCUUGAGCUUAUUAGUUCGCACGCAUUCAGAGAAGCAAAACCAAAAGAAGAAUACAAAGACCUUGCAAGAAGAGUAGUUAGUCAUUGUGGAGGAUUACCUCUAGUUCUUGAAGUCAUUGGAAGUACUUUGUUUGAAAGGACGGAAGAAGAAUGGCAUAGUGUACUGUUUCAAUUAAUGAAAAUUUCCUCUGACUAUGUUGAACAGAAACUGAAAAUAGGCUUCGACGGUUUAUUCAAUCAAAUCGAAAAAGAUUUAUUCCUUGAUAUAUGCUGUUUCUUUGUUGGUAAGGACAAAGCGUAUGCUACGAAGAUCCUAAAUGGCUGUGGGGUAGAUACUGAUAUUGGACUAAGACUUCUCAUGGAGCGUAACCUCAUAAAAGUUAACAAGAACAACAAAUUGGGAAUGCAUCAUUUGCUACAAAAAAUGGGAAUAACAAUUAUUCUUGACAAUACAAUAAAAGAACAUGGGAAGAACACGCGACUGUGGUUUGAUAAGUAUGAAAGAUUUGGGACAAAAGCCUAUAAGUGGUUUCUUCCGCAAGGGAAUGUAGAAGUGUCGGUUUCUGAAUACCUUGAAUACUGUUGUUGGAUAACUAUGAAAGAUAUGGGACAAAAGCCAAUAAGUGGUUUCUUCCGGAACUUAAUGAAAUAGAAAUGUCUGCAAAUUCUGAAUACCUUUCACAGGAACUGAGAUGGAUCAUUGAGCAUGGGUUUCCGUCACAAUACCUUCAUAGCGAAUUUUUUGUGCAUGAUACAAUAGCGAUUGAUUUAAAACAUAGUCUUCUGCGACUCGUCUGGAAAAA